UUCUUCGCUCUUCAGCUCAUUUCAUCCAUGGAUCCAAAGUUCCUGAAGCUGACGAAACUGGAUGAAAAAAUCUACUCGACGUUCAGAGAAACCUUCAAAGAGCUCGACAUAAAGCUGCUGAAACCAGACGACCUGAAAUCUGACGAGGCCAAAGAGACGUGGCGUCCGUUCUGUAACCAGUUUGAAGGGCUCAUUGAAGAUUUUAACUACGGCACUCUACUCCGUCUGGACUGUGAGAAAGAUUACACGGAGGAGAAUACUAUAUUUGCCACCAGGGUGCAGUUCUUCGCUGUUGAAAUCGCCCGCAACAGAGAAGGCUACAACAACACUGUGUUCAUGUCCAAAUCUUCAAAGAGCUAGUCACCAAAUGAACCUAUCCAACCAUGUGUAAAACCACCAGGACCACCCCUCCAGGAAACAUAAAGAUGAACU